AUGGCUAGUGAGGAUAGUUUUCUAGUGCUAGUACACCACAGAGGAUCGAUUAAGAGAAAAACUCAGUCUGGGGUGAAGUUCACGGAUAAGGAUCUUCUAUGUAUUAUCGUGAGCCCCGCGACCAGUUACGAUGGUCUCGUCAUGUUUCUUUCUCGUAGGCAGUUUCCGGAGGUGAGGACACCGGAGCUGUUGGCUAAGUUCGUCGACGUGGUAUCUAGCUCUGGUGGGUCGAACCGGAAUGCCAACACUAUAGCCACGGCGGUCAGUUCGAGCUCGAGACCUGCGGUUGCUUCUUCCUCCAUUCCAGUGUAUGAGGCAGCGGUCCAGCCUGCCGCCUCCCCAUCGUUUGCUGUUGAUCUCGCCGGCAAUGUUGGAGACGAGGUUGGAUAUGAGGAACAUCAUCCGACUGAAGUACAGUGUCCUCCACCGGCUGGUGUUGGCGAGGGAUUGUGUGAUGAUCCAGAUGAUGAUGAAGUCGAGCCGGAUAUUAUCGCUGAUGAAAGCGGCGAUGAUGUUGGAGCGAGUGAUCCGAUAAGGCCUACUGGUGGUUCUAGUUCUGGCACAAAUCAGUACCCACCCCAUUUUUCAUCUUUGGAUCUGGAUGCCAUGAGGCAGGACGAACACCUUGGGCAGCUAGUUGGAUUUGGCGCUAGAGAUACCGAAGGGUCUGCCGGUAUGACAGAGUUCCAGGUUGGUCAACAAUUCCAGGAUAAAGAUGAGGCGCUGUUGAGUGUCAAGACGUACAGCAUCCGCCGAGGGGUACAGUACAAGGUAGUUGAGUCUGACUAUCGCCGGUACGUGGGAAAGUGUUCUGAGUUUGGAAAUGGGUGCACAUGGUUGAUUAGGCUGAGCCUCCGACAACGCAAGGGCAUCUGGGAAGUCAAGCGGUACAACGGGCCGCAUACCUGUCUCGCCACCUCCAUCUCCAGCGACCAUAGGAGCUUGGACUACCACGUGAUAGCGACAUUCAUCAUGCCAAUGGUUAGGACUGACGCAUCCGUCAACAUCAAGGUGCUUCUAAAUGCAACGGCAGCACACUUUGGUUUCAGGCCUACAUACCGGAGGGUGUGGAUGGCGAAGCAGAAGGCGGUCGCAAUCAUCUACGGGGACUGGGAUGAGUCGUACAACGAGCUCCCUCGGUGGGUCUUAGGAGUUCAGUUGACUAUGCCUGGCACUGUAGCAGUCCUCAGGACCUGCCCUGUUCGAGUUGGUGGACAGGUGGACGAGUCUCAGGCUUAUUUUCAUAGGAUGUUCUGGACUUUUCCCCCUUGCAUCGAAGCAUUUCGUCAUUGCAAGCCGUUGGUGAGUAUUGAUGGCACCCAUCUAUAUGGCAAGUAUGGGGGAACAUUGCUUGUGGCGAUUGCACAGGACGGGAAUUCCAACAUACUCCCUGUGGCAUUCGCACUAGUUGAGGGUGAGAAUGCUGAGUCAUGGUCCUUCUUUCUCUCCCACCUCCGUCAGCACGUGACACCUCAGCCAGGUCUGUUAGUUAUUUCAGAUAGGCAUAACGGCAUCAAGGCAGCACUUGAGUCACCUGAUGGGGGAUGGCUACCUCCGUCUGUAUACCGGGCAUUCUGCAUUCGACACGUUGCUGCGAAUUUCGCCCUCACCUUCAAGAGCAAAGAUGCCCGGAGGCUUCUUGUGAACGCCGCAUAUGCGAAGACCGAGGUGGAGUUUGACUACUGGUUUGACAUCCUGCGCUCUGAGAAUCCGGCAAUGUGUGACUGGGCGAACCGAAUUGAGUACUCGUUGUGGACACAGUACUAUGAUGAGGGUCGAAGAUUCGGGCACAUGACGACCAAUAUAUCAGAGUGUGUCAAUUCAAUCCUUAAGGGGGUAAGGAACCUCCCCGUGUGCUCGCUAGUGAAAGCCACACAUCGGGAGCUGGUAUGCGACGUCCUGAAGCGUGAUGGUGCACUCUCCGAACGGCAUGUGGAAGGUGUGCGUCUCAGGCCGCCACCUCUCGACGACUGCACUGACUAG